AUGCGCAUUUUUUCAGAAAUUAUGUCAGCUGAAGGUAUCAUUGAAGAUAUCAUUGAAGAUAUCAUUGAAGAUAUCAUUGAAGAUAUCAAUGAAGAUAUCAUUGAAGAUAUCAAUGAAGGUAUCACUGAAUAUAUAAUUGAAGAUAUCAAUGAAGAUAUCAUUGAAGGUAUCAUUGAAGAUAUCACUGAAGAUAUCAUUAAAGAUAUCACUGAAAAUAUCAUUAAAGAUAUCAUUGAAAAUAUCAUUGAAGAUAUCAUUGAAGAUAUCAUUGAAGAUAUCAUUGAAGAUAUCAUUGAAGAUAUCAACAGCUUCCAACGCCCAAUCUCCAAUUUUCCUGCAAAUACAUGA